GGAGGAGAGCUGACUGUAAAAGGAAGCGACUGUCAUUUUUUUUUAGCAAUUGCAGACACAUCAUUCAGGAGCAGAUAACAAAUGGGAGACAGACAUCAGAAAGGUGGACGGAAAGACAUGGCAAAGUGUCCAAAGGAUCCCAAAGACCAGAAAUACCAGACUUCUGCGCACAGUGAAUCAAGCAAUAAUGUAUGUGCAGCAGGAGAAUUGAAACAGGACAAUCAUGAAAACUAUAUGGCAACAGCAGAGGUUUACGAAAGAUCUGUUAGGAAGAAGCAACAGAAAUCACAAAAAGCACAUCCAAUCAAAGCUGAUUCUGCACACUGCCCAGAUGAAAAUAAGCUCUCUCUGGGAAAACCACUCAGAAAAGAAACUGGAAGGAGCUCUUUAAGAAAUGGAGAUAAAAAUACUAAAACUUCAACAGAUAAGCAGAAGAUAGUUCAACAUACAACCGAUGGAACACAGACAUUUAACAUAACAAUGAGCGCACCUCCAAUCACUUUUCUUUCAUCCACAAGUCUAGAGAGUGACGAGAGGGAUUCUUACCACCCAACUGUCCCAAUUUUGGUGGGACAAUCCCAAUUUGUGGCCUUAGACAGGGCUAGUGCUUCACCCCAAAAUGUUUUUUCCUGUGAAAAUGUAGGUGGGGCAUGUGCAGCUUGGGAUGAAACUUUGUCAGAUCGAGGGCAUGGGAAAACUGAGAAAGUAAAUGAGAGGAAAAAAAGUAACAACCUGAACAAAAAGAAUGAUGAGCUAACGGAGCACAAUGUAAGGGAUAAGAAACCUGUUAAUUCCAAAUCCCCCAAGAGACUGAAAGAUGUGGUGGAGAGAUUGAGAAUGAAGAUGACUGACAUUUGCCAUGCAUCAGAUACAGUGAAAAAAAUCAUUACUAAAAUCAUCACAUCUGACCAUCUAAAAAAAGAUGAUCUUUUCAGUAAAAUACAAAAAUUUUCUACUGGAAGCUACUAUGAAAAACUCAAGAUUACAAAGCCAAACGAAUUUGACAUCAUGCUGGAAAUCUCUAUCCCCGGUUACCAAACAAUCGAGCUGACCAAUGUUACUGGUGCUUUCUACACACUUGCGUAUAAACAUAGAAAACCAAAAGUUAUGACUAAAUACCUCGAUCAGGAUGGGAAUAUUUCAGCCGUACAGAUUUUAUGUCAAUUUAGAAAGCUUGUUAGUGACGUAUUCCGAGCCAGAGAGCAAGGUCUGCAAGUACAUUUAAAGAAGAAGGAGCCUUUAAGCCCUGCGGUAACUCUUCUCAUUGGAGAAGAGCCUGGCAUUAUAUCAGUGGACCUUGUUCUUGCCCUUAAACUCAAUCAGCCAUGGCCUGAUACAACAAGAGACGGAAUGAAUAUUGAUGACUGGCUAGGCACUAAGGUGAAACAAGACUAUAAGAGAGGACCAUUCUACAUGGUACCUAAACAAGCAAACUUGGGGCAGGAAAAUAAAACAGAUACAUGGCGAAUUUCAUUUUCAAAUAUUGAAAAGGAAAUAAUUUCCAAUCAUGGGAGUCAAAAAAUCUGUUGUGAACAGAGAAAAGAAAUGUGCUGCAGGAAACAGUGCCUCAAACUGAUGAAAAACUUGCUGGAAUUGCUUAAAAAUACCGGAAAUAAAAGAAAAAUGGAUCAGUUCUGUUCCUACCAUGCCAAGACUGCAUUACUGCACAUGUGUACGAAAUACACAAAAGAUGAAGACUGGAAAUUGGAAGAUCUGGAUUCAUGCUUUAACAGAUACAUUGAAUACUUCCAGACAUGUCUUAAAUAUUAUACUCUUCACAACUUUUUUAUACCUUCUCACAAUCUUUUUAGUUCACAGUUUAUUGACAAAGCAAGCUGUGACCAUCUGUAUAAACAGAUAGAAUAUCAAAAAAAUCACAGUUAUCCAUUGUUUUACCCAGAAUUGGGAUGUCCAACUGUCCACUCAAAGAAAAACAGUCACUGAACAAGAUCAAACAAGCACGCUGAUAUUGAUCUCUCACUGCCAGGCUUAACUCACUGAUCCUGCUAACCUUCCUGUCUGUCUUCCUGAACCUACUGCAUGACUGUCAUCCCAAUCCUACUAACCUUACUACUUUUCAUCUUGAACCAACUUCCCUGCCUGCAUGAACUCAUUGUCUUUCCUGUCAUGCCGAACUUACUGCCUGGGCCCGACUUUCAAUCUAAACUUGCGGCCUGGGACUGCCUUUGGCAGUCUGCCUGUUUUGAGCUGCUGACUUCUGAUCUGAUUAGAUUAAAAAUAUACUCUAGGCAGCUCUGACCAGAGUGAUGCCAGUAUAAUUAACAAUUCCAAAAUUAGUUAGUCAUCAGUUGGAUGAGAAGCAAAAGUAAUAUCAUACAAUAUUGUAAAAGGUUUAGGCCUAGUGGAAAAAAAAAAAGUACCACGGCUCUCCAAAUGGUGGCCCACAGGAUGAAAGUCACUACUAAAUCUAAAGGCCAUUACUCACUACUUAUUCUCCUUGAUCUCUCUGCUGCUUUUGCAAACACUACAAUCACUAGGUAUGCAGGACACAGCCCUUUCUUGGUUCUCAUCCUACCUAUCUAAUCGCUCCUUCAGUGUUCGUUUCUCUGAUUCCACCUCCUCUUUGCUACUUCUCUCAGUUGGAGUACCGCAAGGCUCAGUCUUAGGUCCUCUGCUUUUCUCUAUCUAUACAUCUCUUGGCAAACUAAUCAACUCUUUCGGAUUUCAGUACCAUCUGUAUGCAGAUGAUACUCAAAUCUACCUAUCCUCCACAGAUUUGUUACCAUCUGUAUUGGGCCGUGUCACUGAAUGCCUUUCUGCCAUUUCAUCUUGGAUGACAUCUCGCCACCUCAAACUUAAUAUUUCCAAAACAGAAUUAAUUAUAUUUCCACCGGCCAAUAGUAGUUUCCAACUUGAUAUCUCUUAUCACUGAGAGAACUCUGCAGUCAUCCCUACCCCACAAGCUAAAUGCCUAAGUGUCAUUCUUGACUCUGAACUGUCCUUUGUUCCCCACAUUCAAUCUGUCUCAAGAUCAUGUUACAUACAUCUAAGAAACAUAUCCAAAAUACGACCAUAUCUUACACAAGACACAGCAAAAACUGUAAUCCAUGCUCUCAUUAUCUCCCGCAUUGAUUAUUGUAAUAGUCUCCUGACCGGUCUUCCCAGACAUAGGCUCUCACCACUACAAUCCAUUUUGAAUGCAGCGGCGAGGCUAAUCUUCCUCACUAGAUGUUCAUCGUCUGCAGAUCCGUUUUUGUCAGUCCCUCCAUUGGUUACCAGUAUUCUACCGUAUUAAAUAUAAAAUACUUUUACUGACAUACAAAGCUAUUAACCAAACUGCACUAACAUACAUCUCUUCACUCAUCUCAAAAUAUCUCCCUACCCGACCUUUCCACACUGCACAAGAUCUGCUUCUCUCAUCCACACGCAUUACUUGUUCACACUCAAAAUUACAGGACUUUAUCCGGUCUUCACCCACUCUGUGGAAUGCCCUCCCAUGCACAAUAAGAUUUGCAUCGUCUCCAAACCUUUAAACGUUCCCUGAAAACUCACCUCUUCAGAUAAGCCUAUCACAUUCCAGACCCACCCACAUAACCUUCAGUGCUUCCCUAUCUGAUUACAUCCUCUGUAGAGUAUUCAUAACAUCACAUAUCUUGUCUUUCUUUACUCUCACACCCUCCUGACACUUGGCCAACAUUGCGGGGUGAUCAUAUCAUACAACCCAUUAAGAACCUAGCAAUCUGGUGGACCAUUAUGCAAUAGGUAGCAUCUAUCCUUGUGUAUCAAUGCCUAUUUCCCCAUAGAUUGCGAGUAGGGCCUUCCUACCUCUAAGUCUGUCUGUUUUUACCCAGUGUUGUUCUAUUACUGUUGUUCUAAUUGUAAAGCGCAACGGAAUAUGCUGCCCUAUAUAAGAAACUUAAUAAAUAAAUAAUAAAUAAAUGAAAGUGGCUCCGUUUUGGAUUUGGUAGCAAUACUGCAGCUUUGGAAAAAAGGUAGAAACUAGUUUGAGAGGAUGAUUUCUCCUUUCUUUAUAAAAAGUCAAAUUGAUGAUUAUUCUACUUUCUGUUUAAACAUUAUACAAGUAACAAGGAGCCUUGAUUUAGGUUGGGUGGGAAACCUAAAUUGCUGCCCCUGAAAAAGUCAGUAGCGAUAUUGAGGUUCAAUCAGGUGCAGUCACAAAGCGGCAAUUGUACGCACAUUGUCAAUGUUUUCUUACUGCGCAUGUGUCUGAGCUGCAGUGUGCACUUGCAGCAAGUGAACUGCUAUAGCUGCUGCAACGAAGACAGUGUUUGGGGGUGGUAACGGGGAGUGGUCGGGUAAAUGCAGGUGUGUCAUGACCGUUCAGACAGCGUUUUCUGGGCGAGCAUAAACUAGCAGUUGCGAUCUUACUUGCUAUUGGAGAGUUCUUUGCGUCCCGGGAGAGCAGCUCAGCCUGCGUGUCUACAGAGGCACUCAGACUUUGCAUCAUGUCCGGAUUUGUGACGAUGGUACCGAUGUAUUAGCAGUUAUACACUGUUGGACAGAAAUGAUGCACCUGCAGUGGGUGUCCCUAUGCUCAGGUUAACUUCUGCCCAUAUUAGCAUAUAACUGCAGUUGCGUACGGCAAAAGAUAGCAGCAGCAAGAACAACUACAUCUAAAUGGGUCUCAUUGUCACUAUUAUAAAAUUGUAACUGCACAAUAAAAAAAUCUACGCAUUUUUUAUGAUGACUAAAUGUAUUUUAUGUAUAUGUCAGGAGGAAACAUCUGUCAUAAGAUUAUUGUUUGAUUUUAUUAAUUUAUGUAAUUAAAUGUAAAUCAUUGAAUUGUCCUGUUUAAGAAUAAACUUUACUGUUUAAAGAAUAAUUGGGAUAUAGCUAAACCUGUAAUUAACUAAAUUUGGUGUAAGUCAAUUUACUCAUUGUAUGGUAAUAAAAAUAAUCAAGAUAUGCGCACAAUAAAUUGCUUCUCAUUAUUAAAA